GACUCCUAUCGUCGUGUAGCCGUUGCAGCACAGUUUGGUUUUGCACCACAGCGCUUUUCCCUGAUCGUCAGAAUCCGCGUAGCUGUGGAGGAGGGUAACCGUACAAUUUUGUGGAUGAAAAGCAUGACGUCCCCACCCAUCCUUGUGCACGGUCCGGACGGAAUGGCGCAUACCCCGGGAGAGAAACCUCAGAGUCAAGAACGUCGGGGGGACGAAAAGUCUCUCCAGGACUCCUCAACUCAAAGACAUUUCCGCGUUAAGCCGGGCUUGCUCCGAGGGUUUCGUGGACUCCGGUAUAUUGACNGUCACUGGUCUCCUACAACGGCCGGUCGGGAGACUGGCCUGGGAUUGGGGGCCCCUCGGGAUGCCGGCUGCGUCACAGGGUAUUCGGUGAUGCUGGUCGCAGCACUGUUGAGGGCACGCGUGACAGCAGCGACUCGGGCGUACGAUCUGGUGUUGGUGUUGGACGACGAAGCUGGUGGCGCCGGCGGNGGCUCGAUCUCUUUCGCUGCGGGUCUCUCACUCGAGGUUGGUCGCGCGUUGCUCAUUGCACGCCUACGUCUCGAUCGUCUUUGCUCAUCGGCGGUAUCAGUUGGCGGUGCCUCGGCUGAUGCAGACUACUGCUCACAACCCUCCAGCCCACUUGCGGUCGGCAAGGGCAGCACUCCUCCGCCGACACUUGGUGCGCGGAAUGUAGAUAACCAGAUCGCUUGCGUUGAGGCUGGAUACCAACAGCCAGAACCAGACCGAACGAACCAUGAGUACGAACAGUCAUCAGUUCCCACCAAUGAACCUCCUUGUACAACCCCGUGUGACGAUUGA